UCAAUUUUUGUGAUAAUUAUUUAUGUAAUUUUAUUUAUUGCCUUCUUUACACUUUUGGAGCGUAAAAUUUUAGCAUAUAUUCAAGAUCGGAAAGGUCUUAAUAAAGUUAGUUACGGAGGAUUCCUACAACCGUUUUGUGGUGGUUUAAAGCUUUUGAGAAAAAAGUUGUUUGUAGNUGUCAAAUCUGACACCGCAUCAAUCGUGGACCUCAUCGGUCGGAAGCCAUAUUGUCUGUCCGACAAUCCGCCUGUUACACUUAGGUGCGCCUCAAUCCGUUUUGCCAGUAUCCGCUCGAAAAGCUUUCCAAUAUCAUCAAGCAAGCAUAACGGCCUGUAUGAUGACGGGUCACCUCCCGAGCGUCCCGGCUUUGGCACCAACACCAGCCUUCCUUUCUUCCAGAUGUUCGGGAAUUUUCCAGCCUGCAUGCACUUAUUAAAACAUCUCCUGAUGACAUCCGGCGCCGUUUUUGCCGCUAAAGCCCAUACCGGACAUGAUAGUCCGUCCGGUCCAGUAGUGAAAAAAGAUUAUGGUGGUGAAAGAAGGUUUUACUUUUAUUACUUUGUUAAUAUGACAAAACUGAUGUUGAAAUUUUUUAUAGUUUUACCCAUAACUUUAGUUUUUUUUAGUAGUAUUGUAGCUGAGUUAAACCGAAGCUCUAUAGAGUUUAUUGAAGGUGAAUCUGAGUUGAUAUCAGGAUUUAAUGUGGAAUAUUUUAGUUCAGGAUUUCCAUUAACUUUUUGGCAGAAUGUAGGAACAGAAAGCCAUUACGGUCUGCAAUCGGAAACCAGAUUUGGUACCAGAGAUAUUUGA